CUUAAUGUUAUUUUUAAACAAUGAUGCCUAGUUUUUUGUUUAAAUCAUUACUGACACCAGAAUCCUACAUACUAACAAUUAUUUUCCCAAGUUAUUAAUCUGAUGUCUACUGUUUUGGAAAUAAAAUCGUUUGUUGUUUUUUCCUAAACCAAAUAGUUGCAGUUAAAAAAAGCAAACCAAAACUUUGAUCGUGUUUUUGUAAUAAAGUAGUAUGAAGUUCACUAUAGUUGCAAAAUGUAUAAAAAAUAUAUAAAAAGUUAUUGUUUUUCUCGCCUGACAAAAACGUACCACUAAUAAAAUGUAUCAUAACAAAGAAGUUAGGUGAGGUAGUGUUUUCCCUUCCCCCACGGGACAUGUCCAAGUGUCUCCCGACUCGUUUUCCAAACAGACGAGUUGUCAGACGGUCCCUAGAAAAUAAAACAGUCUCUAUUGUUCAACACCCGCUCUGCUCUGGACGCUGCAGUGCCGCUGUCGAACACAGAGGGCGCUGCACGCAUGGCAGGCCGAGCUCCGCGGCCUCCACAUCUUUUUGUCUGAGAACUGGAUCCCUCUACCGCUCUACAGUGUGUGCAGUAGCCUCCGAGCUGCGUCGGUAACAUACUGUCAAACCACUUCAGACGAAUACAACCGCGACCAAAAGCAUUAAUUCAACACCUUCCGUCAUGGCGCUGCUCAUCCGCCGGUAAAUCGCUCGUAUUUAUGACUGUUUGUGGCAACUUAGUCCCGGGUUGAAUCGGGUUGGCUCUGUGUGCAUCAGUCUUUACUAGCGGGCUGCCGCUCUUCUAGCUAUCAGCUAUUUCUUUAACUUUUUAAACACUCAGCUUCGCGAAUGACUGAGCGCCGGCGGAGUAUGGGAUCAUUGGUGUCUUAAGAAGCGACUGAAGUGUAGCUUUCAACGUUUUUGCAUGUGAAAACAAUGGCAAAUUCGACGGGGAAAAAUCCAGAUCAGCGAAGGAAAGGACAGGCUUUCCUGGACGAGCUGCGGCAAUUCCACCAGAGCAGAGGAACACCGUUCAAAAAGAUUCCUAUCGUGGGUGGGAAAGAGCUGGAUCUUAGCGCUCUCUACAUCAGAGUCGUUUCUUUAGGUGGAUUUGCUAAGGUCUCUGACAAAAACCAAUGGAUUGAACUUGGAGAAGACUUCAACUUUCCCAGGGGUUGCUCCAACGCCGCGUUUGCUUUAAAACAGUACUACCUUCGAUACCUGGAGAAAUAUGAAAAAGUCCACCACUUUGGCGAAGACGAGGACGAGUCACAGCCAGGGAACCCCAAGGCCUCGCUUCCAAUCGGUGCAAUUCCUAAUUCUUACAACUACCAGCAACAUGUUGUAUCAGACUAUCUUCGCCAAAGCUACGGUCUGUCCACGGACUUCGUCCCACCGUGCGAUUAUAACAAACUGGUGCUGUCUCUCCUCUCUGGUCUACCAAACGAGGUGGACUUUGCGGUGAAUGUUUGCACUCUGCUGUCCAACGAGAGCAAGCACGCCAUGCAGUUGGACAAGGACACCAAACUGAUCACGCUGCUGUUGGCCCACGCCGGCGUCUUUGACGACUCUCUGGGCAGCUUCUCCACGGUGUUUGGACCAGACUGGAAGGAGAAAACCUCCAGGGACUUCGUCAGGUUCUGGAAGGAGGUGGUGGAAGACACUGAAGUCAGGGAGCUGAUCUGGGACAAGAGCACCUCAACACCAGACUGCACGUCAUGUGAGCACCGCUGGCACAGCCUCUUCCACCCGCCCCGGACCCCCGGCAUCAGUGACGUGGAGGCUCAGCGGGUGCUGCAGAUUGCCGUCAUCCUGCGGAAUCUCUCCUUCGAGGAGGCUAACGUGAAGCUACUGGCAGCCAACCGAACGUGCCUGCGCUUUCUCCUGCUCUGUGCCCACUGUAACCUCAUCUCACUGCGACAGCUCGGCCUGGACACUCUGGGCAACGUAGCUGCUGAGCUCCAGCUGGAUCCUGUCGACUUCCGCACGACUCAUCUGAUUUUUCACACCAUCACCAAAUGCUUGAUGUCCAGGGACCGGUUCCUCAAAAUAAGAGCCAUGGAGAUCCUGGGAAACCUCAGCAAGGUGGAGGACAACGGCGUGUUGAUCUGUGAGUACGUGGACCAGGACUCGUACAGGGAGGUGAUGAUGCUCCUCACUCUGCCCGACCUCAUGAUCCUCAUGGCCUCACUGGAGGUGCUCUACCUGUUGGCUCAGCUCGGAGAGAUCACCUGCAGCAAGAUCGCCUCAGUCAACCACAGCAUAGACUUGUUAGUCCGACUAGUAUCAGUUGACCUUCACACCUUUGGACCUGACGCCCUGACCGCCGUGAGGUUAAUUGAACACCAGGCCAGCGCGGACCAGGCCACUGAGGUUCGACCACAGCUGGUUGAGCAGGUACCAGCUGCAGUCCAGGGGACGCCAGCACCAGUCUCGAGGGUCUCCGUACCAUCAAGUCAACCUCCACCUGGUAUCAUUGAACUCGAUGGGGAAAAAUUCACACUGCAAUGGCUGAACGCACACUUUGAGCCACACUCGGAGGGUUCGGUGUCUCGGUCCGAGGUCUACUCCGAGUAUCUGACCACCUGCAGCAAAAUGGGACGAAGCAACAUCUUAAACGCCAACGGCUUCCUCAAGUGUCUGCGGACUGUGUUCCCAAACCACACGAUGCGGCGGCAGGAGGAGUCCAAGACCAACGGUCAAGUUCUCAUCCUCCUGGUCGGACUCAGGCGGAGGUCCAUUCCUCUGCCCGUCCAGCUGUACUACCAGCAGAGUCAGCCUCAGCAGCAGAACUCGGCAGCAGCUCCUUCACCUCCGGCUGCUCGGCAUGACACACCAGGAGACCCCCAGGGCCCCCCUCCAGGCCUGCCUCCGGGGCACUCCGCUCCUGGACCUCUGACGGUCCGGGCUCUGGUACCCAGCCACAGCACCGGCGGUUCCACUCCUCCCCCGGCACUGACCGCGCAGGAGCCCCCCCACACAAGCCAACCUCCCGUCUGUCGUUCCCCCCUGCCCCCGCAGGUGCCUGCACAGCUGACAGCCAAUCCUGUGGCAGCAGGAGCUCAGCAGCAGCAGAGACCUGGUCCGUUUGUCCAGGGUCCAGCUGGGGCCUCGGCCUCCCAGAACCAAAGCCCUCAGAUCCUGGCCCUGGCCCCUGGAACUCUCCCACAACACUCCCCCGUCGCCUCGGCAGGGACGCCCCUCACUCUUUUUCAACAGGUACCGCAGGGCCACACCCUCACGGCCAGGGUUCACAGUGUCUGCCCCUCCAUUACCCAGCAUCCUCCCCUGUCUGGGCCUCAGGGUGGACCCCCCCAGAUGGAGACUCAGUGUGCCCCCCCCUGCUCCUCGCCGUCGGUCCAGGUGGGGGUGGGUCAGGCGUUGAACGUGUCCAACUCCCAGGGGUGUCGCGUCACCUUUCAAAACAUUGCCCCCAAACCUGCGCCCAACCAGUCGUGUGCAUCAGCAACCACGAUAGCAGCCACUCAGCCUCAGAGCGUGGUGAUCGUGGGCCCCGCCCCCGGCCCCGGCCCCCAGCAGAGUCCAGCCUACCCCCCUGCCAUACACCAAAUAGUUCUCACUAACCCUUCCUCCAUCCCCGGAGCCCCCACCAUUCAAAUAGCAGGUCAUCCAGCGGCCUCUUCCAACCCCUGCACACCCCCCUCCUCCCAGUCCAGUCCAACGGUCAGCCACGCGCUGUCAAUGAAACGGCAUCAGCAACAACAGCCCCCCCUCCAAAUCAUUUCCCCGGCCCCCCCCUCACAACCUACCUCCGAGUCCAGCUUGAUCAAACAGCUGCUGCUUCCAAAGCGAGGACCUUCGACCCCAGGUGGGAAGCUGAUCCUUCCUGCUCCACAGGUGCCUCCACCCAACAGCCCACAGGUCAUCUACCAGGCGGGCUACAGCACACAGAACCCCUCCCCCCAACCUCAGCAGCUCAACGUCCAGCUGGUGCCUGGCAAACUUCCUGCUGCUGGAGCUCCCGCCCUGCAGACGGUCCAGAUCCUGCCGACGCAGCUCAUUUCCACGGGCAGCCCGGGGACGGCCGCCAUCAUCCAAGGAUCCGCCGCAGCCGGACAGGUCACCUUCACCGUGGUCCCGAGCGCCGGCUUCACCUCCUCGGCCGCUGCCGCCGUGGCUGCCGUCAGCCAGGGAGCCGUGGCCCCCGUCGUCCCCGGAAUGAUGCCCCAUCACGCCCCCGCCACCCCUCCACCCUCGUCACCGCUGCCCUCCCCACUGAGAGGAGACAAGAUCAUCUGUCAGAAGGAGGAGGAGGCCAAAGACGCCACAGGACUGCACAUCCACGAGAGGAAGAUCGAGGUCAUGGAGAACUCCUCUUUAGCAGGAGACGCCUCCAACGGUAAGACCAGCAACGGCGACCUGGUGGGCGGGGCCAAGCUGCUGAAUGGUCAGAAGUGCAUGGAGUCUAAUCUACCUCCAUACCACUCAGGGAACAGCCAGGGGGCGCUCAAUGGCCCAGCUACAGAGAGUCACCCUGCUAAUGGGAAGCAGGCCCUCUCCCCAGGCCCAAACCCCCCCCUGGAGGAGGACCCCGACCACAGAAAGACUCUGGUCAACGGGGUGUGUGACCUGGACCGGGUCGACGGCAGUGGUACCUUCAACAAAAACAUUCCAAAUCACAUUGCUUCCAAACAGUACUUGGGGAACGGGGAGGUAGGACCUGAACAGAAUCACAGCACUGACCUCCCCCCCCCCAGUCCUCCACACCCCCAGCAGGACACUGCCAAAUCCCAGCAGGCCGAGCGCCUGGCCAACGGACCCCAGGCUGUAGGCAACAGGCUUCCCUCAGAAAAAAACAACGGACCUUUAGGACCGGGCCACGCUGCGCUCAGACAGCAGCUGCUCCCCAGCGCCCCCCUCCCCGCUACUGUUACCUCUCAGAGACCGGCCAACGGGGUGGCCUCGGACGCACGGGGGCUGAAGAGGCCGGCCGACAACGAGGACCGCGGCGUGGCGUCGUCGGCGUCGGGGAUCCCCAACAAAGUGGGCGUGCGGAUCAUCACCAUCAGCGACCCCAACAACGCGGGCAGCAGCGCCACCAUGGUGGCAGUGCCGGCCGGUACAGACCCAAGCACAGUAGCCAAAGUAGCAAUAGAGAACGCCACUCAGCAGAGGAACUGCUCCCCCGCAGAGGCAGCUAGCUCCACGGUGAGUCACUUCACGUCCACCAGGGACAGACUAGAGCCGGUGUGGGUACGAAGUGAUGCAUGUUAACCCUGAUACACGGGGUGGAGGGUUCGUUCCCUCAGGGGGCGCUGUUGAGUUGUAGUGAUUAUCCUCCUCUGUUAACGACUGUCACUGGUGACCAAUGGUCACUGGUCAUUGGUCACUACACUGCUGAUGUCACUCCUGCGUAUGUUGUUCAGUUACAGCUAACAGUGUCAGUGGUCAAGAACCUGUUGAUACGUGUCACGACACAGAGG